UCUCCAUUCCGUGAACCGAUCUCCAAAACAAUCCUCCAGCUACAGGAGAAAACAGUGCUCACCGAAUUGAAGGAGAAAUGGUGGAAGAAAGGUGCGGGGCAGUGCGAUAAACUUAAAACAGAUGCGCGCGACUUAGAAAACUACUCUCUCUAUGGCAUAUUUCUUUUUUUGCUCAUUGGAUUAAUCCUUUCCAUUCUGUGCGCUGUGCUGGAGUUUUGCAUCAAAGCUGUGCAGGAAAAUCGCGAAAAGAAAGUGUCAUUGUGGCUAGUGAUGAAGAAACGCUUGUUGCAUAAACUGGGAUGCUUCACGGAUAGCAAUACAACGACCGAGACGGAGCAUUUAGAAGUGGCAUUGGCAACCGUUAUGGAUAGUCACUACGAGAACAAAAUGGCCAACAAAAUUUGA